GACUUUGCAGACUCUGUGGCCCAGCUGGUUACACAGAAGUUCCGUGAACUGACAGUCGGUCUGACGUCUGUGUAUGCCCGCCACAAAACACUGGCAGGAAUCGUCAUGACAAAAGGCUUGGACACCAAACAAGCACAGGUCAUCGUCCUGUCCUCAGGAACCAAGUGUAUCAGCGGAGAGCACAUCAGUGACCAAGGACUCGUUGUCAACGACUGCCAUGCUGAAAUUGUGGCCAGGAGGGCAUUUCUUCACUUCCUCUACACUCAGCUGGAGCUGCACUUGAGCAAGCAUCGAGAGGACUCCGAGAGAUCAAUAUUCGUUCAUUUAAAGGAAGGAGGCUACAGGCUUCGAGAAAACAUCCUCUUCCAUCUCUAUGUGAGCACGUCCCCCUGCGGAGAUGCCAGACUCAACUCUCCCUACGAAAUCACCACAGAUUUGAACAGCACCAAACACAUCGUUAGGAAGUUCCGAGGCCACCUGCGUACCAAGAUUGAGUCUGGGGAAGGGACAGUCCCUGUCCGGAGCCCCAGUGCAGUCCAGACGUGGGAUGGCAUCCUGCUGGGGGAGCAGCUAGUCACCAUGUCCUGCACAGACAAGAUUGCCAGCUGGAAUGUGCUGGGACUACAAGGCGCACUCCUCUGUCACUUCAUCGAGCCUGUGUACCUCCACAGCAUCGUUGUGGGAAGUCUGCACCACACUGGCCACCUUGCACGGGUCAUGAGCCACAGGAUGGAGGGCAUCGGCCAGCUGCCUGCCUCAUACCGGCAAAACAGGCCUCUCCUUAGUGGUGUGAGUAACAGUGAGGUCCGGCAGCCAGGAAAGUCUCCCCACUUCAGUGCCAACUGGAUCGUGGGCAGUGCCGACCUGGAGAUCAUUAAUGCCACAACCGGCAAGAGGAGCUGUGGAGGCUCAUCCCGGCUCUGCAAGCACGUGUUUUCUGCUCGGUGGGCACGACUACAUGGUAGGGUAGGUCGCACCGGUCCUUUCUGGGAAGAAAAUUAGCUGUAUCCAGGUUCUGGUUAAAGCCCAGAGGAAGCUCCAGGGAAAUGGGAUGUCAUUUUGUCUGCAGUAACUAUGAGACAGGACAUGCAAACUGAUCCCCAGGGUUACUGCCCUUUCUCCAACUAACUGCCCAGGAAUUUCCUCCAUGCUCUUACAGCUUUGCUACCCAAAUGUGCUCCUCAGAGCUUG